CGACAGCUGCGGCUCCAUCCAUCACGCUUUUUUGGUCGGCUGUUUGCUCGUGCGGCUCGCAGCUGCGCGAGCAAGACAGGAAGAGGGAGAGUGAGACAGAUGUCGUGUCGACCUGAACUGCGAGUUUUUCCUGCAGUAGUAUCUGCUCCCAUCCGUCGUCGUGUGCCAUCGUCACGCCAGCGUGCCUCGAAAGUGGUCUCGCCGACACGGCCAUGCGGUGUUUCCAGCAUCCCCGUGAAAGGGAAGCUCGCCGCGUCAGCCGCUCACCGCAGCAGAAAUGGCACUUCCUGACUCGCAUCUUUCUGACUCGCGUCUGCCUGGCUCGCGUCGGCCUGAGAGGACGGCCUACUCUCAUCGCCCAUGUCUCUCGUUGGCAACGUGUUUGACGUGGCAAGUCUUAUAUUUCAACGUGGGAGAGCAGCGCCGCCCGGCGAGCCCCGCCGUUGUCGGCAACGGGGGCCCGGGCCGAGUCAUGGCCGCGGCUCCACGCGUGUCGUGUGAACCCCGCGCACGCGCGGCGAAGUUUUCCGAAUUCGCUAAUGAUGUUGGCGCAAGCCGAGCCGCCGUGGGAGCGGGUAUCUUCUUUUUGCAACCACCAGGCGUCCGCGCUGCCAUAUUUGAUUUAGAGCCCUUUCGAGGAAGGACCGUGUGAAUUCUUUCCGCACAAGCGCAAGAAUCGGCCGGCGAGAUGGUCUCUGCGAACACCCCCCCCUUCCUGUAACGAGAUUAGAGUAAAACGUGCCGGUCGAAGGACUCUUCAGCGUUUGCAGGUCUUACUAAGAAUGUGACUUCCAAGUUGAAAGCUCUACCAACUCGCCGCUACGAGUGCAGACCGUCUCGAAUCGCCGCAGGUUGAGAAGAACAGUAGGCGUGCCGCGUCACCAGGCUCCCUAGCCCGCACCCGUCUUCAGUCCCGCCCGCCAAUUCAAUCACUGCGAGGAACGUUCGCCUCUGCUUGACUGCCUAGGCUGCCUCACUUCGUCUAGACUGCCUGCCUGCCUGCCCGUCCUUCAUAGAGCUGGAGUCAUGGGAAACCGACGUGGCUGCUCCUUCCCUCUGCCGCUGUUGCUAUUGCUCCUUGCUGCAGCGUGGCUGGUGCUGCUCCUGCCGUCCCCUGCUGUCGCCACUCGCAUCGACGACGCCCAAGCGGUGGUGCUGGUGGAGUGCGCAGCAGCAUGGGGCCGCACGUUCAGGGGGUGGCGGGAGGGGGGUGAGUGCAACACGGCGCAGUUCAUCUCCUGCGACGGCGCGGGGCUCGUCACCGCCAUGUGGUUGGACGGCAGAGGUCUAGUGGGCUCCAUCCCAACAGCCCUUGGCACUCUCACCUCUCUCACCGCUCUCAACCUGUGCUGCAACUCCCUCUACGGCCCCAUCCCUGCCUCCUUCAGCGGCCUUGCUUCCCUCGCCUAUCUUGACCUGCAGUACAACGCACUCAGCGAGUCGAUUCCGGAUGCCAUUUCGCUCAUGACCGCUCUUACAAGCCUCUUCCUGUCCAGCAACCAGCUAAGUGGAGGCAUUCCCCCAGCCAUUGGCGCCCUCGCAUCGCUCAAACAACUCUAUCUGCCCCAGAACAAGCUCUCAGAAAGCAUUCCCACGGAGAUGGGCAACCUGCUGGAGCUUCAGUCCCUGUUCCUCGACUACAACUGGGUGGCGGGCACCAUUCCUGACGCCCUGAGUGCCCUCACCAACCUGAAUCACCUGUCCAUGGCCGGCAAUCAGCUGGAGGGCGCCCUCCCCGACUUCCUCACCUCCUUCGUUGCGCUCACUCAACUGUACCUCAACUCCAACCUGCUCUCCGGCUCCAUCCCUGCAUUUAUCGGCAACUGUGUUGCUCUAGAAGUGCUUUCACUUUCAAACAACAGGCUGACCGGAGUGCUGCCUAUGUCUAUUGGUGCCAUGACCAACCUUCGAAGCAUCAAUCUGUAUAGCAACCAGCUUGAAGGGUCCAUACCGAGCACCAUUGGGCAGCUGGAGCAGCUCUCAUGGCUCUCCCUCUCCUACAACGCUCUCACUGCCGACCUUGACGACCUCACCCCACUGGGCAAUCUCGUCGGACUGCUGCUAUCUGGCAACGCCAUAUCCGGUUCGAUCCCCACAACCAUUAGGGAGCUCUUCAGCCUCCAGACCCUGGAUGUGUCCAACAACGAGCUCACCGGCAUUAUCCCCUCCACCAUCUCCGGCCUCAUCCACCUUACCUCUCUCAUGCUCGACCACAACAAAUUGGUGUCACCCGUUCCCCAAGGCUUGAGUGCACUGACUGUCUUGAAGCUCAUAGAUCUGCACGAUAAUGCGUUUUCUGAGGUCCUUCCACCUGCCUUCACAAAGAUGAAACGUGCUGAGUACAUGAAGCUGAGCCACAAUAACUUCACUGGUAGCAUCCCUGCAUCCAUAAGCUCUCUUCAGUCGCUCACAUAUCUUGACCUCAGUUACACGUUCCUGGAAGGCACUAUUCCCACCGCCAUCUCCAAAAUGCAACGCUUAUCCCGCCUUUACCUUCAUAUUUCAACUCUCUCUGGCUCUAUACCGGCUACCAUGGGCUCGAUGCUCAAUCUGCAGUACCUCUACGUGGACCCCGCUGCGACGCCGUGCGGUGCUGGGCGGUGCGAGGUGGUGCAGUACUCAGGCACAGCCUUCUGCCGCGCCUGCACGAACUUCUGCGACACGUGCACCAAGGUAGCACGCGCCCCUCCGGAGUGCAAGAAGAAGCGCCGUGUGUGCUCUAGCAAGUCGUGCCCUGGGCGCAUCUGCAUUCCGUUCAUUCGCAGCUGCCAGGGCUUCAAGUGCAUCUGACUCUCUGGCAAGGGGCCAGCUAGAGUGGCGAGGGCUACUGGUGCACAGACAUGAUGACUGUUCGUGUUUCCAUAAUAAGGUGUCUCAUGACUGGGCCGAGGGAGUGUUCCCAUGCUGGGCAGAGGCGGUUGCGGGAACCAGGUUAUUGUGGCAGAAGUUGAGGCAGUGAGGGCGAAAUGACGGAUGGCGAGAGGGUUGUGUUGGCGCCAGGUGGCAAGGCAUUUUGUGUACAUCGCUUUGUUUUGCUGGGCUGCGUGGUGGGCUGAGCAGCGACUUGUAGAAUGUGUGCGUGCAUGCUUGUCGUCGGUAUAGGAAAAUAUGCAUUCUUGCUAGCAUUACUGUUAGUGUAGUCAGUAGUAUUGAGUAGUUUGUGUUAUGAGUGUUUAACCAGAGUAGCGCGGAAUCGAAUGUGGUGACUACAAGAUAUAUGGUACAAUGGAAUGACGAAGCAAGAUAUACC